AUGGGUGCAUUCAUUCUUCACGCAUAUGGCUCGCAAGAUCAACAAGCCCAAGGGUACGCCACGGGCCAUCAGGUGCUAUUCCUGUUGGCUCCUGUAUGGCUGAACGCUUUUGUGUACAUGACAUUUGCACGAAUGGUUUACUUCUUCCGACCAGGCGGGGAGCCUCGAGUUUGCUACAUCCCGGCAAGAUGGCUGGGGCGCAUCUUCGUUGUUGCCGACAUCGCCACAUUUAUCGUGCAGGCCACGGGAGGUGUCAUGGCUGGCCCCACAGUAGAGCCUAACACAAGAGCAAAGGGUGUCAAGAUUUACAUCAUCGGCAUGGGUGUUCAAGAGGGCUUCAUUGUGGUAUUCUUGAUGCUGAUGGCUCGCUUCCAUUAUCGCGCCAUACAAAUGAACAAAGAAGACGUCUAUGGACUGGAGGGCGGCUCAUACGACCGGGAGGAUGAAGAAGGCUACAUGCCACGACGAAAUUGGAAGGCCCUCCAAUUCGCACUUUAUGCAGCUUUGCUUGCAAUCACGGCCCGCAUCAUUUUCCGUCUCGUCGAGUUUACCGGAGGCAUGACUCCUGAGGAGAACCCCAUACCUUUCACGGAAGCAUACGCGUAUGCCCUAGACGCCUUCCCCAUGAUGUUGGCAUUGCUUAUUCUCGCCAUCAUACAUCCUGGGCGAGUCCUUCAGGGUACGAAUAGCGAGUUCCCCAGGAAGGGAUGCCGACAGAAGCGCAAGGAGAAAAAGGAGAAAAAGGCGGUAAAGAAGGCAGCAAAAGAGGAGCGCAAGACAGCCAAGGAGGAAAAGAAGCGAAUCAAGAACGACCGGAAAAAGAUGAAAACAUAUGGAGAGGUACCUGAUGCAGAACCGGAUAGCUACGGGAUGGGGCUGAUUGAUGGGCAGAACCACGAGCCCAUGCGAUAUGCAGACUACGCUAGUCCCGUUUGGAUUCUUUGGCAGCGUUAUCAUGGAAAGGAGUUGAAAUCUGUUCUCGCAGCUCAUGAAAGACUGGGCAAAAUCGUCCGAGUUGCGCCGCAAGAGAUCAGCAUCAGCGACUAUGAGACUGGUGUUCGUCAGGUCUACAACGCCGGAUUCGAAAAGCCAGGCUACUUCGACUUCUUCCAAUACUAUGGACAGCGGAACUCUUUUGCCAGCCGGAGCCGAGCCGAUCAUGCUGCAUGUCGCCGACGAGUCUCCUCGUCUUACUCCAAGACGACGCUUUUUGCCUCCGAGACGCUGAGCAAAGUAACUCACAAUAUCAUGUACCAACGUCUCAUCCCAGUUCUUCAGCAUCACUCUGCACACGGACAACCAGUAGAGCUCCUGAGACUCUGCUAUGCCUCUGGGCUGGAUAUGCUCAACUGUUACAUUCUGGGUCUUUCCAGCGGGCCCGAUUUCACCCGAAACCCCGAGUUGACAGAGAUGUGGCUGGAGCAUUACGAGAACAGAUACAGUCCUCAGGGUUUCUGGCUGCAGGAACUUCCCAAACUCUAUCACGGGCUUCGGAAAAUCGGGCUUGAUGUGAUGCCUCGUAAGCAUUAUGAAUCGACCGAGUGGAUCGAGAACUGGAUGCUGGAGCAUUGCGACAAGUCUGAGGCAGUCUAUCGACGCAUGCAGAACGGAGAGCAGCCCCCUGCGGAAGACAUUCCAGUUGUGUACAAUCAACUACGAAAGGCGAUGUCUAACUUGAAAGAUGGUAAAUUCCUCGAUAUGCAGGCGUCGGAAGAGCUGUCUAGAAUCUCCAUCGCCAGCGAAAUCUUUGAUCACAUGUCCGGCGCUCGCGAGGUAUUUGGCCUUGUUCUUGCCUACGCGGUCUACUAUCUUGCUCAAAACCCGGCUCAGCAAGAAAUGUUGAAGCAUGCGGUUGCCGGACUUGGAAUGCACGUAAACCAAGUCGGGACCAAUGACGCCAAUAGCCUGCCUUCACCUCAGACUAUUGAGUCAAUCGCAUAUUUGCAAGCUGUCAUAAAGGAAUCUCUGCGAAUGAGACCUAACAGCACCCCGCUACCACGCAUCACACCUCACGAUAAGUCCGUGAGCAUCUCGGGGGUCGAUGGUAUCCCAGCGGGUACUCGAGUCAACUGUUUCCAAUGGUUUCUGCACCGUAACCCAGAGAUGUGGACACAGCCGAAUGCCUGGGUUCCUGAACGCUGGUUGGACCCGAAUGGCGCAGAAAGGACCGAUAUGCCCCCUCUCUGGGCCUUUGUCACCGGUCCGAGGGCUUGUAUCGGAACACAACUGACAUACUAUCUGUUCGGAUAUAUUUUGGCUGGUCUGUUCUCCAACUUCAACGUUCAGAUUGCCCGCCCUGAGACCUACGGCCGCCACACGCCUGGAUCUCUGGAAGACGAACUCUUCGUCUUGAUGACACCUAUUGCUGCAUAA